AGAUGCCAGCGGCCAUGAGUUCUGACGCAGAUAUGGCCAUUUUUGGAGAAGCAGCUCCCUACCUACGGAAACCUGAAAAGGAGAGAAUCGAGGCCCAGAAUCGUCCCUUUGACUCUAAGAAGGCUUGCUUUGCAGUGGAUGAUAAGGAAAUGUAUGUGAAAGGUAUGAUCCAGAGCAGGGAGAAUGACAUGGUCACAGUCAAGACCCUGGAUGACCGGACACUCACUCUGAAUAGUGACCAGGUGUUCCCUAUGAACCCUCCCAAAUUUGACAAGAUCGAGGACAUGGCCAUGAUGACCCAUCUACAUGAGCCCGCUGUGCUGUACAACCUCAAAGAGCGUUACGCAGCCUGGAUGAUCUACACCUACUCAGGCCUCUUCUGCGUCACCGUCAACCCCUACAAGUGGCUGCCAGUGUAUAACCCUGAGGUGGUGGGUGCCUACAGAGGCAAAAAGCGCCAGGAGGCCCCACCCCACAUCUUCUCCAUCUCUGACAAUGCCUAUCAGUUCAUGCUGACCGAUCGAGACAACCAGUCUAUCCUCAUCACUGGAGAAUCCGGGGCUGGGAAGACAGUAAACACCAAGCGUGUCAUCCAGUAUUUUGCCACGAUCGCAGUAACUGGGGACAAGAAGAAGGAACAGCCACCAAGCAAAAUGCAGGGAACCCUGGAAGAUCAGAUCAUCCAGGCCAACCCGCUGCUGGAGGCCUUUGGAAACGCCAAGACUGUGAGGAAUGACAACUCCUCAAGAUUUGGGAAGUUCAUUCGGAUUCAUUUUGGAGCCACUGGAAAGCUUGCGUCAGCUGACAUUGAGACCUAUCUCUUGGAAAAAUCCAGAGUGACAUUUCAAUUAUCCAGUGAGAGAAGCUAUCAUAUUUUUUACCAAGUCAUGUCAAACAAGAAGCCAGAACUCAUUGACCUGCUUCUGAUUUCAACCAACCCCUUUGACUUCCCGUUUGUGAGCCAAGGAGAGGUCACUGUGGCCAGCAUUGAUGACAGUGAAGAGCUACUGGCGACUGAUAAUGCUAUCGAUAUCCUGGGCUUCAGUGCAGAGGAGAAAGUUGGGAUCUACAAGCUCACAGGGGCUGUGAUGCACUAUGGAAACAUGAAGUUCAAGCAGAAGCAGCGUGAGGAGCAGGCAGAGCCUGAUGGCACUGAAGUGGCUGACAAAGCUGGAUAUCUGAUGGGCCUGAAUUCUGCAGAAAUGCUGAAAGGCCUGUGCUGUCCCAGAGUGAAGGUUGGGAAUGAGUAUGUCACUAAAGGCCAAAAUGUCCAGCAGGUGACCAAUGCGGUAGGAGCUCUGGCCAAAGCCGUCUAUGAGAAGAUGUUCCUGUGGAUGGUGGCCCGCAUCAACCAGCAGCUGGACACCAAGCAGCCCAGGCAGUAUUUCAUCGGGGUGCUGGACAUCGCUGGCUUUGAGAUCUUUGAUUUCAACAGCCUGGAGCAGCUGUGCAUCAACUUCACCAAUGAGAAGCUGCAACAGUUCUUCAACCACCACAUGUUUGUGCUGGAGCAGGAGGAGUACAAGAGGGAAGGCAUCGAGUGGACCUUCAUAGACUUCGGGAUGGACCUGGCUGCCUGCAUCGAGCUCAUUGAGAAGCCCAUGGGCAUCUUCUCCAUCCUGGAGGAGGAGUGCAUGUUCCCUAAGGCCACAGACACCUCCUUCAAGAACAAACUCUAUGACCAGCACCUGGGAAAAUCCAACAACUUUCAGAAACCCAAGCCUGCCAAAGGCAAGGCUGAGGCCCACUUCUCGCUGGUUCAUUACGCUGGCACCGUGGACUACAACAUUGCUGGCUGGCUGGACAAGAACAAGGACCCCCUGAAUGAGACUGUGGUGGGGCUCUACCAGAAGUCUGCACUGAAGCUGCUGUCCUUUCUUUUCUCCAACUAUGCUGGUGCUGAAGCAGGUGAUUCUGGGGGAACCAAGAAGGGUGGGAAGAAGAAGGGUUCCUCUUUCCAGACCGUGUCAGCUGUGUUCAGGGAAAACUUAAAUAAAUUAAUGACCAAUUUAAGGAGCACUCACCCUCACUUUGUGCGAUGUCUAAUUCCCAACGAGACCAAGACUCCCGGCGUGAUGGACCACUACCUGGUCAUGCACCAGCUGCGCUGUAAUGGGGUCCUGGAGGGCAUCCGGAUCUGCAGGAAAGGAUUCCCCAGCCGGAUCCUCUAUGCUGACUUCAAACAGAGGUACCGGAUCCUCAAUGCCAGUGCCAUCCCUGAAGGGCAGUUCAUUGAUAGCAAAAAUGCUUCUGAGAAGCUUCUGAGCUCCAUCGAUGUGGACCGGGAGCAGUACAAGUUUGGCCACACCAAGGUGUUUUUCAAAGCUGGGCUCCUGGGACUUCUGGAGGAGAUGAGGGAUGAGAAGCUGGUGAUCCUGAUGACACGCACGCAGGCUGUUUGCAGGGGGUACCUAAUGCGGGUGGAGUUCAAGAAGAUGACAGAAAGAAGGGACUCCAUCUUCUGCAUCCAAUACAACAUCCGCUGCUUUAUGAAUGUCAAGCACUGGCCCUGGAUGAAUCUGUUCUUUAAAAUCAAACCCCUACUCAAGAGCGCAGAGGCUGAGAAGGAGAUAGCCACCAUGAAGGAAGACUUUGAAAGGGCCAAAGAAGAACUGGCCAAAUCUGAGGCUCGCCGGAAGGAGCUGGAGGAGAGAAUGGUGAGCCUGCUGCAAGAAAAGACUGACCUCCAGUUGCAGGUCCAAUCUGAAACAGAAAACCUGAUGGAUGCCGAGGAGCGGUGUGAAGGGCUCAUCAAAAGCAAGAUUCAGUUGGAAGCCAAAGUGCAGGAGCUGACUGAGAGACUGCGAGAGGAGGAAGAGAUGAACUCGGAACUGGUUGUCAAGAAGAGGAGCCUGGAAGACAAAUGCUCCUCUCUCAAAAGAGACAUCGAUGACCUGGAACUGACCUUGACUAAAGAGGAAAAGGAGAAGCGUGCCGCAGAGAACAAGAUAAAGAAUUUGUCUGAAGAAAUGACAGCCCUCGAAGAAAACAUUUCUAAGAUGACCAAAGAGAAGCAAUCACUGCAGGAAGCUCACCAGCAGACGCUGGAUGAUCUGCAGGUUGAAGAAGACAAAGUCAAUGGUCUCAUCAAAAUCAACAUCAAGCUGGAACAGCAGGCUGACGAUCUUGAGGGCAGCCUGGAGCAGGAGAAGAAAUUGCGGGCCGACCUGGAAAGACUGAAGAGGAAGCUGGAAGGAGAUCUGAAGAUGGCCCAGGAAUCCGUCGUGGAUCUAGAAAAUGACAAGCAACAGGUGGAAGAGAAACUGAACAAGAAGGAGUUUGAAAUCAGCCAGUUACAAACAAAAAUCGAAGAUGAGCAGGUGCACAGUCUGCAGCUACAGAAGAAGGUCAAAGAGCUCCAGGCACGCACAGAAGAGCUGGAGGAAGAGAUUGAAGCAGAGAGGGCCUCCAGGGCCAAAGCAGAGAAGCAGCGCUCCGACCUCUCCCGGGAACUGGAGGAGAUCAGUGAGAGGCUGGAAGAAGCCGGUGGGGCGACUUCGGCCCAGAUUGAGAUGAACAAGAAGCGGGAAGCCGAGUUCCAGAAACUGCGCAGGGACCUGGAGGAGGCCACCCUGCAGCACGAAGCCACAGCAGCAGCUCUUCGGAAGAAGCACGCGGACAGUGUGGCUGAGCUGGGGGAGCAGAUUGACAGCCUGCAGAGGGUCAAGCAGAAGCUGGAGAAGGAGAAGAGUGAGCUGAAGAUGGAGAUCGAUGACAUGGUCACUAACAUUGAGAGUGUCUCCAAGUCGAAGAGUAAUAUAGAAAGAAUGUGCCGAACUGUGGAAGAUCAAUUUAAUGAAAUCAAAGCCAAGGAUGACCAACAGACACAGCUGAUCCAUGAUCUGAACAUGCAGAAGGCACGGCUGCAGACCCAAAAUGGGGAGCUGAGCCACCAAGUGGAAGAGAAGGAGGCUCUGGUCUCACAGCUAACCAAAAGCAAGCAGGCCCUUACCCAACAGCUGGAGGAGCUCAAAAGACAACUGGAAGAAGAAACCAAGGCCAAGAACGCCCUGGCCCACGCCCUGCAGUCCUCCCGCCAUGACUGUGACCUGCUGAGGGAACAGUAUGAGGAGGAGCAGGAGGGCAAAGCUGAGCUGCAGAGGGCGCUGUCCAAGGCCAACAGCGAGGUGGCCGAGUGGAGGACCAAGUACGAGACGGAUGCCAUCCAGCGCACAGAGGAGCUGGAGGAGGCCAAGAAAAAACUGGCCCAGAGGCUCCAGGAAGCAGAGGAAAGCACAGAGGCAGUGAGUUCCAAGUGCGCUUCCUUGGAGAAAACCAAGCAGAGGCUCCAGGGAGAAGUAGAUGAUCUGAUGCUGGACUUGGAGCGGGCCAAUGCAGCCUGUGCCAGCCUGGACAAGAAGCAGAGGAACUUCGAUAAGGUCCUUGCAGAGUGGAAACAAAACCUGGACGAGAGUCAGGCUGAGUUGGAAGCUGCUCAGAAAGAGUCCAGAUCGCUCAGUACUGAAAUCUUCAAGAUGCGCAAUGCCUAUGAGGAGGUCAUGGAGCAACUGGAGACGCUGAAGCGGGAGAAUAAAAAUCUUCAAGAAGAGAUUUCUGACUUAACUGAACAGAUUGCAGAAACUGGCAAGAAUCUUCAGGAAGUGGAAAAGACCAAGAAGCAGGUGGAGCAAGAGAAGUCAGAUCUUCAGGCUGCCCUAGAAGAGGUGGAGGGUUCCCUAGAGCAUGAAGAGAGCAAAAUUCUGCGUGUCCAGCUAGAGUUAAGCCAGGUAAAAUCUGAGCUAGAUCACAAAGUCACUGAAAAGGAUGAGGAAAUUGAGCAGCUGAAAAGAAACAGCCAGAGAGCAGCGGAGGCCACCCAGAGCGCGCUGGACGCUGAGAUCAGGAGCCGCAACGACGCCCUGAGGUUAAAGAAGAAGAUGGAAGGAGACCUCAAUGAGAUGGAGAUCCAACUGGGCCAUACCAACCGCCAGGUGGCCGAGACUCAGAAGCACUUGCGCACAGUCCAAGGGCAGCUCAAGGACACCCAGCUGCACCUGGAUGACACCCUGAGGAACAAUGAGGACCUCAAGGAGCAGCUGGCCAUCCUGGAGCGCAGGAACGGCCUCUUGCUGGAAGAGCUGGAGGAGAUGAAGGCGGCCUUGGAGCAGACAGAGCGGACGCGCAGGCUGUCAGAGCAGGAGCUGCUGGAUGCCAGUGACAGGGUGGAGCUUCUGCACUCCCAGAACAUAAUUCUGAUCAAUACCAAGAAAAAAUUGGAAGCGGACAUAGCCCACUGCCAAGUGGAGGUGGAGGACUCUGUCCAGGAGUCCAGAAAUGCAGAGGAGAAGGCCAAGAAAGCCAUUACAGAUGCAGCCAUGAUGGCUGAGGAGCUGAAGAAGGAGCAGGACACCAGUGCCCACCUGGAGCGGAUGAAGAAGAACCUGGAGCAGACAGUGAAGGACCUGCAGCUCCGUCUGGACGAGGCCGAGCAGCUGGCCCUGAAGGGCGGGAAGAAGCAGAUCCAGAAACUGGAGCACCGGGUGCGAGAGCUAGAAAACGAGCUGGAUGCUGAGCAGAAGAAGGGUGCUGAGGCUCUGAAGGGGGCCCACAAAUACGAACGCAAGGUCAAGGAAAUGACUUAUCAGGCUGAAGAGGACCGCAAGAAUAUCCUCAGACUCCAGGACCUGGUGGAAAAGCUGCAGGCCAAAGUGAAGUCUUACAAGAGGCAGGCUGAGGAGGCUGAGGAGCAGGCCAAUACACAGCUGUCCAGGUGCCGGAGGGUCCAGCAUGAGCUGGAGGAGGCAGAAGAGAGGGCGGACAUUGCUGAGUCCCAGGUCAACAAGCUGCGGGCCAAGAGUCGAGAUGCUGGGGGCCAGAAGAUGGAAGAGUGAGGCCCUCCUGAUGCCUGUUGCCAUGGAGCACCUCCAGAGAGCAGAGGCGACUUAUUGCGAGAAAUCCAUUCUCCUGAGAAAUA